AUGGAGGCACAGAAGAUUGCGGACAACACGAAGCGUCGCUGCUACCAGUGCCUGGCAGAGGUAGAUCCAGCCCGUAUGCGAAAUCAUGUUGGGGAGCAUGUAUUAAAAGCGAUGCGCGGCGUUAAGGAGGACUUACGAGGGCAGCAGGUCGAUCCAUCCGAGUUCCCUUGCGGCUUCUGCGGACGUCCCGAACGACUCUGUUGUGCGCCGACAAUGACUAAAGGGAGUAGCGCAAGUACACCUCAAGCACGGAGCGAGUGUUCAUACUACCGGCUCUUCUUCUACCAGCCUAGCCUCAAGUCCUCCGCGGCAACACCCUGCACCAACGUACCUUUCGUCUGCAAGAUACCCGAAUGCAAGGCGGAGAAAGAUGGAAACUGGACCGCCGUGUGGAAGUAUAACCUUCACGAGCACAUUCGUCGGUUUCACCCUAGCUUCAGUGUCGAGAGCACAGGCCUUGACGGGCUGAUCCCUCUCCCACCGGCCAUGCAACAUGACAUGCAUAUUUCGGACAGUGAAGAGCGUGCUCUCAAAAUCCCUGAUGCACACAUACCGUACAAACCUCCAUUGCCCGAGCUUGUGAAUCCCGAGCCCACUGGGCCAGGUGCGCCGCCGCCAGCAAAGAGACGACGCCUGCGCAAGCAGCCAUAG